UCCAGCUCGGCCCCGACCUCACCGCCACCGCACAGUACCGCUGCAGAGCCAUGGUGAACGCCUUCUUCGCGACCCUGGCGCGGGGGCUGGACGACCUGAGCGGCGCGGGCGGGCUGUCGUCGCUGCCGGCGCUGUUGCGUGCGGCCGCGCUGCUCAGGGGCCUGCACUCGCAGCUCAUGGUGCUCGUCGGCCAGCUCCACCUGCCGCCCGGCGGCCGGUGGCUGGACGAGUACAUGGACGAGACGGCCCGCCUCUGGGACGCCUGCCUCGCCGUCAAGCUCGGCCUCGCCGCCGUCGAGCGCUACUGCGCCGCGGCUUCCUGCGCGGCCGCCGCCCUCGACGACUGGCUCCAGGACCCCUCCCCCCUCUCCACCCGCCAGGUGAUGCGGGCGAUCUCGGCGUCGAGGAGGGAGGCCAUGGCGGCGGAGGAGGAGAACCGGGCGCUGUCCGAGUCGAGGAUCGCGCCGCUGUCGCUGCAGCUGGACGAGCGGCGCGCGGCCGACGCGAGGCUCAGCGGCUUCAACGGCUUCCGCGGGCUGCUCUACGCGCUGCACAACGCCAGCUCCCUCCUCCUGCUCAUCCUGGCCGGCGGCGCCGUCGCGGGGUCCCCGCGCUCGCCCUCCGACGGCGGCGCGGACACCAACGACGACGGGUUCAUGUCCUCCAUCGCGACGCUGCAGAAGCGGAUGGCGGAGGAGGCCGCGGGCGACGACGGCGGCGACGGCGCGCCGGGGAUGAUCCGGAUGCAGGAGCUGCGGCGCGCGCGGGCGGCGGCGGAGGCGGCGCGGGAGGAGGUGGAGCGCGCGGCGGCGGCGGGCGGCAAGUGCGCUGUCCUUGACGGCGCGGUGAAGGACAAGGCCGGGGAGCUGAAGGCGUGGCUGGAGGUGCUCCGCGCCGGCACGGACGGGCUGGCGUGCCAGCUGGACGACUUCCUGGACGACAUCGUGGAGGGCCGCAAGGAGCUCUCCGACCUCUGCAGCCACUGACGGCCGAGCCGAUCAACUCCAUGGAUGAAAUGAUGGUGGUUCCUGCCGCCUGCUUGCCUGGCGGCAACGCGUGGUGGUGGUGGUGGUGGUGGUGUACAAGUAAAGCAAUGCUGCUCCGGCCCAUAAGUGGCGGCAGUACGUAGUCGUAGGCGUCUUUUGCAGUGCCGGUCUGGUCUGGGGAUCGGAGAGUGGAGUGGAGUGUGGCAGCGUUUUGGUCAGGUCAUCAUGUCGUUGCUCUGCUACUUCCUUCCUUUCUUGCUGGCUGCUGUACCCUGUACGUACGUACGUGCUACGCUGUGCUGUGCUGUGUGUGUCCCUCAGACUCUGCCAUGCAAGUAGAGCAUGCGUACCACUACCAGAUGAGAGAGAUGGCUGCAAGGAAAGGCUAGUUUGUACUGUUUGUGUGCAGGCAGCGCGGCUUGAGCGAGCGAGAGGAGAAUAUAGGUGAACUUUUCUUC